CGCCAGAUCAAACAACUUUCUCUCUCUACAAGCUUUCUCUCUCUAAAAUCCAAAUCAAUGGCCGCCCCCGGUUUUCCAAUGCCGCUACCACCUCCACCUCCACCUUACCUCCUUAUAACCUCAUCAUCCUCCCACUUUCCACCACCGUUUCUCACACACUUCAAAUUUCAAACAACCUAACAACACACAAUCUUUUCACAUCUACUCAUUUCCUAUCAGAUCUCAGUUAUCCGAUCUCGUACCGAACGUUUUAGCGGUUCGUUUGCGUGUUGCGAUCGAUCAUGACGAACGAGGCUAGGUUAAGUGACGUCAGCAAGGUGAUACGGAAGAAGAAGAAAAGUUUCCGGAAAAGUAGCGGCAAAGGAAAACCGUCUCUGCCGUCUCCGUCACUAACGGCGGCUUCGUUUCCGUUGCAGAGGCUGUAUUUAUCGUGUUUAGAUGUUUUUAAAGGCGUUGGAACCGUUCCGUCUUCGACUGAUGUGCAGAAGGUUUGCCGGAUUCUCGAUGGAAUGAAAGCGGAAGAUGUUGGAUUAAGUAGGAACUUACCAUUCUUCAAGACUCCUAGUACCGCAGGAGUAACUCCCAAAGUCUCAUGCACAACAAUAAACAAGUCUGAGAAAUUUUGGUUAUGUAUUUUCUUUCUUCCUGCAAAUGCUGUCAUACCGCUUCAUAAUCAUCCAGGAAUGACGGUUUUCAACAAGCUGUUACUUGGGAAAGUGCAUAUUAAAGCAUAUGAUUUAGUUAACGCUAGUAACGAAAUUGACUCGAUAUCCCCCUCGAAACCGAAAUUAGCAUGUAAAAAAGCUGAUGGUGUUUUCACAGCUCCAUGUGAUACUUCUGUACUGUAUCCGACUUCAGGGGGUAACAUACACGCCUUCAAGGCUAUAACGCCUUGUGCAAUCCUUGACGUGGUUGGACCUCCGUAUUCUAAAGAAGAUGGUCGGGAUUGCUCAUACUAUAGAGACAUUCCAUACGAUGCAUUGCCAUAUGAACAAGGGGUUAUGAGCGAAGAAGAAAGGGAGCGGUAUUGGUGGUUAGAAGAAAUCGACGUGCCGAAAGAAUCAGAAAUGAGGGGAAUCCAGUAUACGGGGCCACAAAUAAUCGAGAUAUAACAUCAUAGGUGUUAGAUUUUUCUUUGAGCAUGUUUAGUGUUGUGGUGUAUAGAACAAUCUCUGAAAACAUUUGUUUGUUUGUUACUUUGUUUAGUUAUCGACCUUUGAGUAAUAUAAUAUUUAGAUAAUAAUAAUAAUUAGAGUUAAAUGUCA